UUUAUGUUUUAUUGGGCUGUUAAAAUUUGGUGGAUUGUCUAAUGUUAGAUUUUUUCACUCGCAUUUUGAGGCCCAUUAUAUUUAUUAAGCCCAUGUUUGAGAGAGUACGUAAAACGCGCUCGACGACACUCACAGCAGCGAAGUGAAGUGAAAUCCCUAAAUUUCUCACCUGAGUCUGUUCUCUGCAAGUCGGAGAAGAAGAAGCUGAAGACAUCGGGAGGUUGGUUGCUUAACGGCUUAUUUCUUAGUUCCGCCAAUGUAUUCCCCGAAGAGGAAGAGGAAUACGGUGACGACGACGACGAAGAAACCAUCGCUUAAGAAAAAGAAGCUAUCACAUUCACCGCCGCCGACGCCGAUUCCGUCACUUCCUGACGAUAUGUUAUUGAGUAUCUUCGCACGCGUCUCGAGAGUGUAUUACCCGAUUCUCUCUCUCGUAUCCAAGAGCUUUCGAUCUCUCAUUGCAUCACCUGAGCUUUACGAGACUCGGUCACUCUUAGGCCGGACCGAGAGCUGUCUCUAUCUGUGUUUACAGGAGAGGAAUCCUGAUAGUAACCCUCUCUGGUUCACUCACUGCCUCAAACCUGAUCGAACCCUAACUAAAGGCACCAGGAAGACUAAGAAGACGAAGAAGUCAAGGGGCAACAUUCUGAUCCCAAUCCCAGUUCCAAAUCCUCCUCUUGCGCACUGGUCAGGUCACGCUUCCGUUGGUUCUGAUAUCUACUUCUUUGGCGGAUACAUUGAGAAUGAGAAUGUGCCUUCAUCUAGAGUCUUGGUCCUAGACUGCCGGUCUCACACGUUGCGUGAAGCUCCAAGCAUGAAGAGGGAAAUGUUACACACUUUUGCUACCGUCAUUGAUGGAAAGAUCUAUGUAGCUGGAGGCAACCAAGACGAGGAUACAGAUUCCUUGUACCCGAUCGAGAUAUUCGACUCAAAGACCCAAAUUUGGGAUCAUAUGCCCAUUCCUUAUUGGGGGCAAAACUGGGGUGGUCUAUCAAUAAGCGCAUGUGUUGAAGGAAAGUUCUGCAUGGUGUUUGGGAGGAUGGCUAUGGCUUAUGAUCUAGAGGAAUGUAGAUUGGACUUUGUCGAUUGUCAGAUGGCUCGGAGUUGGUGUUGGUCUUGUAAUUGCACUAUAGAUAAUGUUUUGUUCCGUUAUGGUGGAGCUAUCCGAUGGUAUGACACUAAGCAGAGUUUGUGGAAAAAUGUGAAAGGUUUGAAAGGACUACUACCUAAGUUUGGCAAGAAUGUCUAUGUGAAGUUGGUGGAUUAUGGUGGAAAGAUGGCUGCUUUUUGGGCCAGUCUUGUGUCUCCUCGUAAAGGUAAGUACAAGACAAUUUGGUGCGCGGUGAUUGCGCUUGAAAGGCCCAACAGUGAGGAGAUUUGGGGGAAGGUCGAGUGGUAUGAGGCAGUGCUUACAGUCCCCGUGUCAUAUGAAUUCGAGCAUGCUCUUGCUGUUAUCGUUUGAUGAAUGACAUACAGGACAGGCUUGGAUGUGGUGAAACGUUUUGUUGGUAUUGUAUCAUUUUGUUGGAUGAUUGUGUAUUGUCUUUUUUUGGCUUUAUGCUGUUGACAUUGUUUCACUUGUAAACCUUUGAUAAUGGUUAGCUUAUUUCUCUA